UGCUACACUAAGUUUUUAGUUAAAGGCUGCUAUGGGCUGCUUUCAAGCGUGAUCAGCGUGAUCGUCUAGUCCAUGUGGUCGGGAGCCGCGCACACACGCUUUGCAUAAUUUGCCAGUAACUGCUUGCAGCUGUUUAAAUCGUUCGUUUACUACAACCGAGAAGAAUGAUUAGGUGGCGCGCUUUAUGCUGGAAAUUGCACCGUAAACUGCCAAGUCGCGGCGUCCUUAGAAACCUUCAUUAUGAACAGGGCCAGGCCACGAAAGAGUAUUCGAGGGAGUACUUCUAUUUUAUUGAUCAUCAAGGAAUGCUUUUUCUAGACGAUUCCAGAAUGAAGAAUUUCACGUCAUGCUUCAAAGAAAAGAAAUUCCUGGAGUUCUUCUUUCGUCGGCUCCGGCAUAAUGACACUGGGAAGUAUGAAGCAGAGUUUCCAUUCAUCUCGCCAUGUGGUCGGGAGAUGAAUUUUGUCCACUGUGAUGACCUGCCCUUCGUGUUCACGCACAUAGUACAGUUGCCGGAAGAAAGUAAACAGCCAGGUUCAAAAGGCUUCCUCCUACACAACCAUGCAGGCAACCUACUAAAGGUUGAAUUUACGCCACAGCACCUUUGCAUGCCUGCUGGCACAGGGAGGGUCUAUCACCCCGCACCAGAAAGGGCAGGUGGAGUUGGGCUGGUUCGUUCACUCCUGGCUAUUGAGCUUAGCAAACAUUUCACUUUUGCUGAUGACGGUGAAAAGACUCCACCUACUCACUUUGACUGGGAUGGAACUCGCUAUGAGCUAACAAAUAGCCUUCUACCCAUCAUCAACCAAGUGUCAAGUUGGAAUGGCACAGAAUAGAAAGAAUGUGCCACUAGAAGAAUGCAGCCCAAGAGACAGUAACUAAAUAGGGUCAGUAGUAAUGCACGAAUAUUGCAUGAAGACAACUUCCGUGUAUUGACAACGUACACCACUGCAUAUUUCUAUAUGGGUGGUGUUACCAAGAAUAAAGCUUCAUUCUUCAGAAAAUUGUUUCCUUAGAUGAAUGUUGAUAAGCACAAGGACCAGAGCAAGAAUUGGGUCCUAUUCGGGCUUGGGAUGCAGUUCUACACUUUUUCAGCUACUGCUCUUCAGGUUGCAAAAUGGCAUUUGAAUUGGGGCAGAAAAGAAUGCGGCACUAACGUGCUCUCUUCUGUUGUUUAUCAUUGUACAUUGUUUUAAAUCCCUUGAAAUGAAGCUUAACCUACUUGCCUACCCGGCAAUACUUUAAGUGAUGUAGUGCAUUCAGUUACUCGUAUUCUCUUCAUGGAAAUGCCUCAAGUCCCAACCCUAAAGCUGGCUGACAUAGUUGAAAGCUGUUGUAAUGAAGUUAAUCACCCUUGCUCUUUUUUUUUUUUAAACAUGUACAAUCUGUAAAUGCGCUGCUACACAUCACCAAAGAUGUCCAAGAAUAAUCCUUAAUUUGGCUUGUGUCCUUGAAUUGGAGUGACUGGGCAUUGUUAUCUCUUCAUAAGUAGAAAUCCUACUAUCACCAGAAACAAUGGUACAUCAUAUCGCAAAUUUUUUGGACUUGAGCAAUAUAGGUUAUGAUACAAUAAUAUAAUUUAUAAUACCAUAACGUAAUUAUAGUAAUACAACAAUAAACUUUAUGGAAAUUACAUUCUUUACAGCACAACAGCAAAUACUUGUAUACUUCAAAAACAACACAGCCCACAGAAACUGUUCAGUGAUGCCUUUCAGGAAUAUUGGCUGUUCCAAUCAAAGAAAGAGCAGGAGAUUGCCGAGAAUAGAUAAGACACACCAGAUCGUAGCUAUUACCAGCUACAAACUGUCUGAACAUUGGUUAUGGCGAAGCACGAGCAUGAAAAUACUGAAUUACCAGAACUUUCAACAUUUCUGGAAACUGUCAAAAUACUUUACACUGUGAGUGAUGCAAGGAAUGAGGUCAUAGCACAACAAUUUUUCUUCUGGAACUAGUUGCACAUUUAACUGAUGUGCAAAACAGAUGCAAAGUAUGUCAAGAAUGGAAACAACCACACUUGCAUUCAUCCAUCCAAAGCCUAUUUAAGUUUAACUUAAGUAGGCUUCGAAUGAAUCAACAUCAUUUAAAGAUGUUCUCCUUAAUAAGAAUGGUUGAAGUUGCAUCUGCUUGUUACUGUAUACAAUCCCAGCACCCCAAAUGUAAAAAAAAAAAAAUGUAAACAAGCCCUAGAUUUUAUUUUACAUACAUUAUUAUCAUGUGGCAACCAAUUUAUGUGGUGCAGAGAAGGAACUAUUACAAGAACUAACCUUUCACAUUUUUUUUACUUGAUGCAACACGUUGCUUAUGCAUUCAGAAUAAAGUCCUUUUUGAUUGCGUG